AUGAAAACGUUUAUUCUCUUAGCUACAUGUAUCCUUGUAGCACUCAAUGGAGUGGUCAACGCAACAGGUAAUUACACUUGCUAUGGGAACUUCAUGAGUCUCACUCCUACAGGGGCAAAGCGUGGAGGAGUUUCCACGUCACAGUAUGACGUAUCCUACCUUUACGACUCUCGAGCGGAUGUGUAUAAAAGUUGUUUUGAAUUUGUCGGCAGAGACUUAUGUAUACAUCCCGCUGUAAUUGCCGGUAUGGCUAGUAGAGAAACAAAUGUGGGAUAUGAUAUCAGGAAUACUAAUGGUUGGGGAGAUCAUGGCAAUGGAUAUGGUAUUUUGCAGUGUGAUAUACGUCAUUGUCCAGUUUGUAACUAUAAUCUCACAUGUACAUCCUACCCAUACAACAGCUGUCAGCACAUUAACAUGAUGAUUAAAUACGUACUUAUUCCAAAUAUUAAUUCCAUGAAAACGAAAUUUCCCGAAUGGACUCCGGAGCAACAGUUGCAAGGUGCCAUUGCCGCCUAUAACACUGGACCUGGUCGUGUGUCUUCCUGGAACACUGUCGACCAGCAUACAACUCAUGGCGAUUACAGCAAUGACGUAAUAGCACGUGCACAACAUUUGGUCAAUAACUUUAACUGGUAA